GGGAGAUGUGAACAGUAUAUUAUUCUCGCUCAGCGCGAAACGGCUGAGCAAAAUUCGAGUUUAAAAAAAGAAUACAGUUAUUAUUUUUGCUGCCGAUUCCGCGUAAAUAUAUAACGGCUCCGAGUAUUCUAGCUGUGUGUGCGUGUAUAUGUGUGCCUAUCUAACGACAUCGACAAUUCGACUUUAAGAGUCGUGGCGAUAUACUCGCCACAAUAUAUUGAUUAGAAAAAUUUUCGUUGUCCUUUCAUUUUUUUUUGAUGUCGUUAUUCAAGUUUGAUAAAUCGACAAAAGUUUGAAAUAUUUUUUCAAAUUCGCUGCAUUAUAUACAGUCAUUCAAUGUAUAUCCUGAUUUCUCAUAGUUCAAUAAAAGUGCGGUUAAAUCAAACUGCGAUGAAUAUAGGACAAAUUAAUCUACAUUGAAUCGGUGUGAACAGAAGCAGAAGAAAGGAUCUUUUUUUUGUUUCUUUUAAAAACAUUUUAAAAUAAAAUGUGAGAAAAAUAGGAAAAAAUUUAGUAAUAAAAUAUGUAUCGGGAAAGAGAUCGCGGAUCCAGACGUAAGACUGAUUCUCGGCUGGCGACGCGUUUUUCCGGGAGCUACUUUGAUUAUUGUUGCUGUGAUACGACAGUCUAUUGUUUCGAAGAUAUUCUCGGGAAGAAGAACGAGACAAGACACGUACGAAACGAGACGAGACGGGACGUUCGAAACGCGCUGCCUCUGAAUUCGCGCGCGAUUAUCCGGCUGCGUUAUCCGACGUUUAUCGGACGUUGUGCCGGCGACGAUCACCGGGAAUGUACGAGGAUUGCGUGCUGCAAUCGAUGCGGUUUCCGCAAAAGCUGUGGCGGAUCGUGAACGAGUGCAAAACCGGGGCGAUCCAAUGGAGCGCGAACGGCGACACCAUACUCCUCGAUUACAAGAAAUUCCAAGCGGAGUAUCUGGACGCGCGCCGGCCCAUCUUCAAGACGAGCAACAUCACGAGCUUCAUCAGGCAGCUGAAUCUCUACGGCUUUCGCAAGGUCGCGUACCACGGUCGCGACCAGAUGUGCAACUCCUGCAACCCGCAUGUGCACGAGUUCCUGCACGACAACUUCCGCGCCGACCGGAUGGAUCUGCUCUCCAAGGUGUGCCGGAAGGCUGGCGGAAAGAGCAGGUGCUCGCAGCAGGAAGCUGCGAAAGCCACGAAGGAGAGUUCGCAGUCGGAAGCGAAUCGUGUGUCUCGCUUAAAAUUGUGCCAGUUGGCUCUAACUGAAACUUUGGAGCAAAUUAUUCAAGAAUAUCGGAAAGAACAUAAUCAAGAAAAAAAACCGAUUAUAAUGAAGGAUGACACUCUGAAAAGAAUAAGAAACUCUCAAGAAAAAGAUGCAGUUCCUGUUUUGUACGAGAUAGAAUUCAAUGGUGUUCCAAAUCGGAAACCUAUCAAAGAACAAAAUAUAAAAUAUUCGGCAUUUCUUCCUGUUAAGAUUGAUACAUCAUCUGAAUGCAAAUCUGUCUCAUCAUCUUGGCACAUUGCUACCAUGAAUAAAUGUAACCUGCAUUUCAAUAUUCAAAACAUUCAUUAAAAUCAGUUGAAGCUUAAAACUGCUUUUUCCUUGGAUUAUUUAUAUUGUUCACAACAUAUAAAAUACUUAUAAAGUUUCUAUGUUACAUUUAUUAAAUUAUAAAUAUUACAUUAAAUAACGAUAAUUAGUAAUUGUUGAUAAGAAAUGAUUACUUAUUUAUAAUCGUUAUAAUAAACUCUAUUGCAAUGUAUAUACAAUAGUGAAAACUAUCAGUAUUAAUUGGAGUUUAAAUAAAAAAUUUUAUUUUAUGAUGGGAAA